AGAAGAGUGCACAUGAUAGACAGAGUGGCAGAUAGGUUUCUGGUGAGCCCCUGCCUCUGAGAGCUCCUGGGUUAGUGGGAGGCAGAGGCGGGCAGACCUAGGGUGCACACGGGCCAGCCUGCCAAGGCUACAGAAGGAAAGGACAGCAUUGCAAUGGAGGGGCCUGGCUAAUGGGGGAAGAUGGGAAAGCUUCCCGGGGAAGCGGCACCCGGGCUGCUGAGCCUACAGGACGGGUGAACGGCAGCCAGUGCCAGAGCGGGGAGUGCUAUGGAGUGGGGACUGCUUUCCACGAAGAAUGAGCAACAGGUGCCCAGGCCCUGAGUCUGAAGGUACCCCGGGGCUCUGGAGAACACAUUCAACCACCCAUGCUGUUUAUUAAGCUCAACUGCCUGCCAGGAACUUGUCUAUGAGUGGGGAUGGAUUGAGAAUCUCCAAGACAAGGCUUCUGGCCUGGUGGAGGUCAUGUUCUCAUGAAAGGAGCUGGUGAACACGGAAGGUCAUUUCAGAUGGCAAGAGGAGGUGGCACUGACGUUGAGGGUGGAAAGGACCCGUCUCCUUCUGCUGCCCACCUAAUGUUGCCACUAAGAUUCCCUGAGGACAAUGCCUCUGUCCCUCAGCCUGGGACUUCCAAAGAGGUUAGACUGCCCCCCCUCCCCAGGACCCAGAAUCAGGGUGUUCAGGGAUGGAGGAUGGGGAGAGAGCAAGGCAGCCACCCCCAACCCCUCCAGGAAGGAGCUAGGAGAACCCAAGCGUCAGGCUGCCCAGUCCGAGCCCUGUGGUGACAAGGGCCCUUUUGUGCCCCCCUCCCCCGGGGGUAGGGAGGAGCUGGGCCCUGGAGGCAGGCGGCCCCUGGCACCCAGGGGGAGGGGAGGGGCUGGCAAGUGGGGGCCUAGACCCUGGGAGGCAGGGGACUGCGAGCUGGGCCGGCGGAGCAGAGGUGCAGAAGCAACUGCGUCCAAGCUGUCUGGCAGCUUCAGGUGGACCCAGAAGACGUUCCCAACUCAGGGAGACUCAGCGAUCACUCACUUGCUGUACAGAAUGAUAUUCCUCACGGCACUGCCUCUGUUCUGGAUUAUGAUUUCAGCCUCCCGAGGGGGUCACUGGGGUGCCUGGAUGCCCUCGUCCAUCUCGGCCUUCGAAGGCACGUGCGUCUCCAUCCCCUGCCGCUUUGACUUCCCGGAUGAGCUGCGGCCCGCCGUGGUGCAUGGCGUCUGGUACUUCAAUAGCCCCUACCCCAAGAACUACCCUCCGGUGGUCUUCAAGUCGCGCACCCAAGUCGUACACGAGAGCUUCCAGGGCCGCAGCCGCCUCCUGGGGGACCUGGGCCUGCGCAACUGCACCCUCCUGCUCAGCAACGUCAGCCCCGAGCUGGGCGGGAAGUACUAUUUCCGUGGGGACCUGGGCGGCUACAACCAGUACACCUUCUCAGAGCACAGCGUCCUGGACAUCAUCAACACCCCCAACAUCGUAGUGCCCCCAGAGGUGGUGGCAGGCACGGAAGUGGAGGUCAGCUGCAUGGUGCCAGACAACUGCCCAGAGCUGCGUCCUGAGCUGAGCUGGCUGGGCCACGAGGGGCUGGGGGAGCCCGCUGUGCUGGGCCGGCUGCGGGAGGACGAGGGCACCUGGGUGCAGGUGUCGCUGCUGCACUUCGUGCCCACGAGGGAGGCCAACGGCCACCGGCUGGGCUGCCAGGCCUCCUUCCCCAACACCACCCUGCAGUUCGAAGGCUACGCCAGCCUGGACGUCAAGUACCCCCCGGUGAUUGUGGAGAUGAACUCCUCGGUGGAAGCCAUCGAGGGCUCCCACGUGAGCCUGCUCUGUGGGGCUGACAGCAACCCGCCGCCGCUGCUGACCUGGAUGCGGGACGGGACGGUGCUCCGGGAGGCCGUGGCCGAGAGCCUGCUCCUGGAGCUGGAGGAGGUGACCCCCGCCGAGGACGGCGUCUACGCCUGCCUGGCCGAGAAUGCCUACGGCCAGGACAACCGCACCGUGGGGCUCAGUGUCAUGUAUGCACCCUGGAAGCCGACGGUGAACGGGACCAUGGUGGCCGUAGAGGGGGAGACAGUCUCUAUCUUGUGCUCUACGCAGAGCAACCCGGACCCUAUUCUCACCAUCUUCAAGGAGAAGCAGAUCCUGGCUACAGUCAUCUACGAGAGCGAGCUGCAGCUGGAGCUGCCGGCCGUGUCGCCCGAGGAUGAUGGAGAGUACUGGUGCGUGGCUGAGAACCAGUAUGGCCAGAGGGCCACCGCCUUCAACCUGUCUGUGGAGUUCGCUCCUGUGCUCCUCCUGGAGUCCCACUGCGCGGCAGCCCGAGACACGGUGCAGUGCCUGUGCGUGGUGAAGUCCAACCCGGAGCCAUCCGUGGCCUUUGAGCUGCCGUCGCGCAAUGUGACCGUGAACGAGAGCGAGCGGGGGUUCGUGUACUCCGAGCGCAGCGGCCUGGUGCUCACCAGCAUCCUCACGCUGCGGGGGCAGGCCCAGGCCCCGCCCCGCGUCAUCUGCACCGCGAGGAACCUCUAUGGCGCCAAGAGCCUGGAGCUGCCCUUCCAGGGAGCCCAUCGACUGAUGUGGGCCAAGAUCGGGCCUGUGGGCGCUGUGGUCGCCUUUGCCAUCCUGAUUGCCAUCGUCUGCUACAUUACCCAGACACGCAGGAAAAAGAACGUGACAGAGAGCCCCAGCUUCUCGGCAGGGGACAGCCCUGCCGUCCUGUUCAGCAGCGACUUCCGCAUCUCGGGGGCACCAGAGAAGUACGAGAGCGAGAGGCGCCUGGGAUCUGAGAGGAGGCUGCUGGGCCUUCGGGGAGAACCCCCAGAGCUGGACCUGAGCUAUUCUCACUCGGACCUGGGGAAACGGCCCACCAAGGACAGCUACACACUGACGGAGGAGCUAGCUGAGUAUGCUGAAAUCCGGGUCAAGUGAAGGAGCUGGGGGCAGCCCAUGUGGCUGACCCCCCUCAGGACCCUCGCUGGCCCCCACUGGCUGCGGGCUCCCUUCCUCCCAAAAGUAGCGGGGGCUGGGGCAGGAGGGGAAUGAGGCAGGUGACAGUGAGGUCCUGGGGACCUGACCUUCCCCUCCUUCCCAGCUGCCCCUCCCUGCCAACACCCCCACGCCCUCAUUACGGCUCCUCUCCAACCACCUUUACCCUCAUCUGUCCGGAGAGGAGCUCUGUCUGUCCGUGUUAUUUAUUGCUACUUCCUGCCUGGUCUCCUGCCCCGACACCUGGCCCCAGGGCCUGUACAAAAGGGACAUGAAAUAAAUGCCCCGAAGCUAAAGCCA